GAGAGUGUAACCCGAUCCUCCGCCCAUCAUCUCUCCUGCUGUUUCAGUGCAGAGCUCCUGAGCCUCAGAGAGGAACCGCACAGCACACUGCUCUCACCAAGCUCCUCCACAUUUAUACCAUGACAUUAGAAAACCCGCCGGAGGAAUACACUUUUAAGUGAUCGCCUUUUUAUUUUGUGCCUGAGAACGACAAACAAAAAAAAACAACAAAAAAAAACGAUGGAACCAAUAACACAGUGGACUCCAACUCAGGUUGUCGAUUGGAUGAGAGGACUGGAUGACAGUCUCCAGCAGUACAUCCCGAAGUUUGAAAAGGAGAAGAUUGAUGGCCAGCAGCUGUUGAAGAUCUCCCACCAAGACCUGGAGGAGCUCGCCGUUAGCCGCGUUGGCCACCAGGAACUCAUCCUAGAAGCUGUAGAUCUUCUCUGUGCUCUGAACUAUGGGGUUGAGACUGAAAAUCUGAAGACUCUGGUUGGCCGGAUGAGAGCAGCUUCUAAUAACCUGCACAACUGUGCUUCAGAGAGGAGGAGAAGCCCGUCGCAUGACAGCAGCGCUUCAAACAAACCACCCAACGAGUUCCUGACAGCAGUGGUGGAGCUUAUCGGAGCAGCCAAGGGCAUGCUGGCCUGGCUGGACAGGACACCUCUGAGAGGCAUCAGUGACUUCACCUCUAUCAAGAACAGGAUCAUCCAGCUGUGUUUGGAGCUCACCACCACUGUGCAGAAGGACUGUGCUGUGUAUGAAAUGGAGGAGAAGAUACUGGAAGUGGCUCGUGUUUUAACCGAAGUCUGUGAGGCGACCAGGAGGACGACCUUUGACCCCUUGAAGAGCCGCACUACGUGUUUGGAGGAGGUCCACAUCACUGAUGUCAAACCAGAAGAGGGGUUGGGGAUGUACAUCAAAUCCACAUACGAUGGGUUGCAUGUGAUCACUGGAACCACCGAAAAUUCUCCAGCAGACAGAACUCAACGCAUCCACGCCGGUGACGAGGUGGUGCGGGUCAACCAGCAGACGGUGGUGGGCUGGCAUUUGAAGAACCUCGUGUCCAAAAUGAAGGAGAAGCCACACAGUGUGCUGCUCACGCUGAAGAAGAGGCCUUCAGGAACCGGCAACUUCACUCCUGCUCCACUGAAGAACAUGCGCUGGAGGCCUCCGGCUGUGCAGAGCGAUCCUCCUGGCCAUGCUGCUCACUCGUCCAGUGUCGAAAGCUCUGCAAAGAAAGAGAAGCCAGCUAUUCUGGACCUGUACUUACCCCCGCCUCCAGCUGUGCCCUACACGCCACGGGAUGUGAAGGACGCCGCAUGUCCACAGGUCAGAAUGAGGCAAAAAGCACCUGAAUCCCCUAACUCGUCUCUGGACCGAGAUUCUAGACGGCGCUCUAAUCUCAUAGACUACGUCAGCAAACCCAACGUCAGCAUCUCUCCUCCAGAAAUCGUCAUCCCGCAGGCCCGACUACGCCAGCGCACGCCCUCCAGAGGGAAGCCGCGGCCUGUGUCUAUGCCUGCAGACACGUGCGUGGGCCUGUCUGAUUCCCCCUGGGCGUUUGGAAGGAAAGGUGAAGACGUGAUGCGCAUGUACAUGAGUAAUGAGCGAAUUCCUCCGAUCGCUGAAGAAGCCCCGUGUUUUCCCGUGCCGUACCGGCCGGCCAGUGAGAAGCAGCUCCUGCGUGGAGUUGACCACAUCCGCGGCAGUCAGUGCUUCAUCAAUGCCGAGCUGCACAGCAGCGCCACCGUGCUGUACCGAGACACCGCACGCCGCAAGAGUCGGACCACGCGCUCCUCCAAGAGGUCCUCAGAGCCUUCGUCUCUGAGCGCCUGGUUCGCUCGACUGAAGCUCUUCACACACCGACUCACCCAAUCGACUCGGAACCGAUUCAUUGGUGAAUCGCCAAAUGCUAGAGGUGAAGCGGUGCUCAGUGUGUCAGAGUUUGUGUGUUUGUUACCCAAAAUGAGAACUAACGUGUUUCUGGAAGCCAUUUUUUACACUUCCUGGAAGCUGCACAUAUUCCAGUGUUGGCUUCAGAACUUGUUGUCCUUUAAUGUCAGUUCUGCAGAAGUGAGUGACAUGCAGGAGUCUCUUCCUGAACAAGACUUUCCCACUACGACUUGUCAAGGUGAUGCCGGGAUGAGUCGGAGGAGGAUCUCGGUGAAGGACCUGGGUGAGGCGGACUGUCAUGGCUGGCUCUACAAAAAGAGAGAGAGUCGAGCUUUCCUGAGGAAUAAAUGGAAGAAAUACUGGUUCGUGCUGAAGGGAUGUUCUCUGUACUGGUACACAAAUGCACUGGCUCUGAAAGCGGAGGGCUACAUCAACUUGCGAGGCUUCAGUCUGGACCAGGCGUACGAGUGCAAGAGGAAGUUCGCUAUAAAGGCCAGCCACCCGCAGAUUGUGACGCUCUUCUUUGCAGCUGAGAACACGCAAGAUAUGUACAAGUGGUUAAGUAAGCUAACUGCAGCUUCUAACAAGAAAGAACCUCAGGAACUCGUCACUGCAGAAUACACAGAGUGUUAUAGUGAAGACAGUGAUGAAGAGGAUGAUGUUGAAGAAACAGGAGCCCAGUACAUUGAGCAGCUAACCUCCAGCUCCACCAAUGGGUGUCUUCCUCCGCCACAAUCCAGCUCGUCCCCGUGCCAGGACAUGCUCCCCCUCCUGUCUCCGGUGUGUAACACCUCGGAGUGUGUGAGUUCAGACAGCGAGUCGUGGCUGGAGCUCAGCUCUGACUCUCAGGGCGCGACGUGCGUCAGCAAGCACAGUAACAUCGGCCAGCUGCAGGAUUACCAUGGCGACGAAGGGCCUCCGUCUGACGAGCUGGAGAUGCUGUAUCUGCACCUCAAAAACGCCAGCCUGUCCCCGUGCGGAGAACUGCAGCCUGUGACUAAGCGGGACUACAGAUCGUCCUUCGUCAGACGCUGCAAAAACGACACCAUCAACGAGAAGCUGCACCUGGUCCGAGUUCUCAACAGUACUUUAAAGGCCAAAGAGGCAGACCUCCUGGCUAUUGAGCAGGUUCUAGCUGAUUCAUUGUUAGAUGGCAGUAAGUACAGACAGUGGAAGAGUGCGAAUGUUCUCUUAUUGGAGGAAAUCAACCAGAAAAGAAGUACAGAAGAGGAAAAACCAAGCGUUCAGCCCGAACAGAUGCCAUCCUCCAAAGCGGUUGUGUUCUCAGAGACCAGCCUCACGCUUUGAAGAAUAGAAUGAAAGCUACUGGAUUUUAACCAACAACUCGAAAUCACUAGCAAAAUGUUUGAAUGUGCAUGUAUUUACUGUAAAUAAAUUUUUAAAGUAU